ACAUAUAACGUAUACGUACAUCAGCGGCAACAACAUGGUUGAGGGUCAGACAGUGGUGCAACAGCAGCAGCUGCAAUCGGCAAGUGGCACAGGCAGUGGAACGGCAGCAGCCGGUGGCGCCACCACUGGCGGCGUGGCUAACAAUCAGGCGCAACAGAAUGGUGGUGCGAGUUCGGCGGCAACUGCAGUCGCUGCUGCUGCUGCUGCUGCUGCUGCUCCGGCAGCAAUUGUCAACAAUACUGCAGCCAACAAUAAUAACAACAACAGCAAUAACAACAACAACAACAACAACACUGCAGCCACAAACAAUAAUAACAACAACAAUAAUAAUAAUAACAACAACAACAACAACAACGAACCGGAUCCCAAAACGAAUUUGAUUGUGAAUUAUUUGCCGCAGACAAUGUCACAGGACGAGAUAAGAUCGUUGUUCGUCAGCUUUGGUGAGGUGGAGAGCUGCAAGUUGAUACGCGAUAAGGUUACAGGUCAAAGUUUGGGCUAUGGCUUUGUGAACUAUGUCAAGCAAGAGGAUGCAGAGAAGGCGAUCAACGCACUCAACGGUCUUCGUCUACAGAACAAAACCAUAAAAGUCUCCAUUGCGCGACCGAGCUCGGAGAGUAUCAAGGGCGCCAAUUUAUAUGUAUCGGGUCUUCCAAAGAAUAUGACACAGUCCGAUUUGGAAUCAUUGUUCAGUCCAUUCGGCAAAAUUAUAACUUCGCGUAUACUUUGUGAUAAUAUCACUGGUCUCUCCAAGGGCGUUGGCUUCAUACGCUUCGAUCAGCGCUUUGAGGCUGAUCGCGCCAUCAAGGAGCUAAACGGUACCACACCGAAGAAUUCCACCGAACCGAUAACCGUUAAGUUUGCCAACAAUCCGAGCAGCAACAAGAACAGCAUGCAACCCCUCGCCGCCUACAUAGCGCCACAAAAUACUCGGGGCGGACGCGCCUUCCCAGCGAAUGCAGCCGCCGGUGCUGCUGCAGCAGCCGCUGCUGCCGCCAUUCAUCCCAACGCGGGCCGUUACAGCUCUGUGAUUUCACGCUAUUCGCCGCUGGCAAGUGAUCUUAUUACCAAUGGCAUGAUCCAGGGCAAUACCAUAACCAGUUCGGGUUGGUGCAUUUUCGUCUAUAAUCUGGCGCCGGAGACCGAGGAGAAUGUGCUGUGGCAGCUGUUUGGGCCAUUUGGUGCCGUGCAAUCCGUUAAGGUCAUACGCGAUUUGCAGAGCAACAAGUGCAAGGGCUUUGGCUUUGUGACCAUGACCAACUACGAGGAGGCUGUGCUGGCCAUACAAUCGCUGAAUGGCUACACGCUGGGCAAUCGGGUACUUCAGGUCAGCUUUAAGACCAACAAAAAUAAGCAAACGUAAUUAUUAACCAAGUUGGCUGCUGUUGUCAAUGCCAAUGCGGCGGCAGCGGCGCUGGCUGCCAAUAGUUUGGUGCUCAAUCAUAACAACAACAACUACAAUAAUCACAAUCAUAAUAACAACCAUGGCAACAACGGCAACACUAUUGCUGCCUACGACCAGUUUGGCAAACAUGCGAAUCACAACAGCAACCACAACAGACAGCACAACAGCAACACUAGCAACACUUGCAACACUAGCAAACAAAAGCAGCACACAACGACAAGCUGCAGCAGCAGCAGCAGUAGCAACAACAGACACACUCAGCCACUUUUGGCAGCUGCAACAAAGGCAACUGCAACAGCAACAACAUCAGGACUAUCAGCAACUGCGAACAAUCGCCAGAGCAAACUUACCACAAAGGGCAACAGUUGUAGCAACAACAACAACACAGCAACAACAUUUACCAGCAAUGGCAUCAGCAGCGGCAACAACAGUUAUCACAACAAUAGCAACAAUAACACCUCGUCCCAUGAGGGUGGCGCCACUGCAUCCAGCUCAAGCAGCAUUUUAAAAACUUCCACGAAAUUCAUUUACAAUAAGCCACAAAAUCAUUUCGAGCUGCUGCAACAGCAGCUGCAACUGCAGCAGGAAUUUGCACAGUUCCUUACGAAUGUGGCCAAUAGUGCAACUGGGGGUGGUGGCGCUGCCGCAUCGCAAAAUCAUAACAACAACAGUAGCAGCAAUGCAGCUAGCGGCUCCAAUGUGGCACGAAAUGCAGCUGGCAACACACACAGUGCUUUGAGCAGCACAACAGCAGCAGCUGCUGGCAACAAGAACAACAACAACAACAGCAGCAAUAACAACAACAACAACUAUCAAUCCUCAUUUAUGCCAUCACACUGGUCAAAUUGGUUCUUUUAAUUGAAUUUACUUUAAUUUAUUCAUUCAUUAUUCAUUACUCAUUUAUUGUGUACUUACUUUUUCGUAAUUCAAACCUUUAAAAUAUGAUACAUAUUUAUGAUAUAUAUUUACGUUUUGCCAUUGUUAUUUGAAGUUAAACGAGUUUUAGUUUUUUAAGCAGUUACGUAUUCUGAAUUGUUUUUUUUCUUUCAGUUUUUCAUAUUGUUUUUUUUUUUUGUAUUUUAUUUUCUUUUUUUUUUUUGAUACUGACAAACCGGCAAUGCUUUGCCAUUAUAUUUUUCUAUAUAUUUAUAUUUUAUAAUAUAACAAACAUAUUUAACAAUUCUUGUUUCAUUUUGCACUCUAAGCAAACUUUAGUCGUCUCUAGAAAAGAAAACAAUGCUACCAAAAAAAAUAUAAGGUUAAGUUUUUGUUUGACGAAAGCAGCAUGUUCUAGAAGUAGUUUAAAAGAUUUGGCAAUACGAAUAAAACUGUAAGGCCAAUCCACCAAGUCAUGACAAACAGAACAAACAAAACAAAACAAAAAAAGAAAAGAAAAAAAAGAAAUAAGAAAAUAUUUAAGCCUAUUGAUAAAUAAUACAUGCCCAACAGAACUGAAAUACGUAUUUGUUUAACGUUUGGCAUAGAGUCGGAAACAUUUGAAAACAACGACACAUUUUCACGAUAUGUUUAUAUAUAUAUAUAUAUAUCUACUUAUUAUAUAUACGAGUAA